AUGAGUACUACACAUUAUAUUCUUCAUCUUAAACACAAUAAUGGAAGCAAUAUCCCAGAUAAUCUUUUAAAUGAUAUAAAAGGAGUAGUCUCUAAAUUUGAUGGUAAAGUAAAGGAUGAUUUUAAGUUGGUGCCAGGGUUUACAUUUAGUUUACCAACAAAAAUAGGUGAAUCAUUUAAAAAUGCUGCUGAUUCUUGGGGUAGUAGAAAUGGCGUUACAGUUGAAAUCGAACAAGAUCAGCAAGUCCAUGCCUUAUGA